CCGCCGACCCCCGCUACCACCGCCGAUUUAUUACCCACAAUUCCGGGUAGAAAGCGAAGGGCGCUCGACAGCACUCGAUGAGGAGAAGUGUCGAGGUGUCUAGGUGCGAGAGCGAGCGCAUGUCUACUACUCCCAGCGUACUCCCGGGUUCCUCCUCGUCCGGGUUUUCUAGCGGGGUGCUCCAGGAUGCGGAUAUCCUACCGGAGCUGAAUGGCGCCGACCUGGCCAUGUCCCUGAGCCCCAAGCACCAACCGCACACCACGCCGUUCUCAGUAACCGAUAUCCUCAGUCCCAUAGAAGAGAGCUACCGCAAGCUGGAGCUGUGCGCGCCCGGCAGUCCGUACCGCAGCAGCGGCAGCGGCAGUUCCGGCGGAUCUACCGGUCCUGCGGCCUCCUCACCGGCCAACCCCUACACGGCCAUGCACGUCCAUCAGUUCCCCUCCAACUACUGUAACGGCGGCGAUCUGGGUGUCGGCUACGGCAACUCCGCCGCUGCCCCGUGGUACGGUGCCUCCGCCAACGACCCGAGAUUCGCAAUAUCACGACUGAUGGGGUCAGGGUCAGCAGGCAUGAACAUGGGCAACAUGUCUGCACUAUCCGCCUGUAGUGUAACAGACACCAAGCCUAUGCAGUUCCCUUAUAUUCAUGGUGUAUGUUUAUCACGACUGAUGGGGUCAGGGUCAGCAGGCAUGAACAUGGGCAACAUGUCUGCACUAUCCGCCUGUAGUGUAACAGACACCAAGCCUAUGCAGUUCCCUCUCACGCAAAGGAGAAAAAGAAGAGUCCUCUUUACCCAAGCUCAGGUUUAUGAGCUGGAGAGGAGGUUCAAACAACAAAAGUACCUGUCGGCGCCGGAGCGAGAGCACCUGGCCAGUCUAAUACACCUUACGCCUACACAGGUCAAAAUAUGGUUUCAGAACCAUAGGUACAAGUGCAAAAGACAAGCGAAAGAGAAAGCAAUGGCAGAGCAAAAUGCUCAAAAUCAGGCCCAGAGCUCGCCGCGCAGAGUGGCAGUUCCUGUGUUGGUGAAGGACGGCAAGCCGUGCUCCGGGGGCUCCGACCCUCCCAUGUCCCGUGGUCAGUGCGGCGCCAACCCUCACCAGGGUCCUCCUCAGCACCCCUCGGCGCAGAGCAAUCCUCCGGGACUGAUGGCCUACCAGAGACACGCCACCUCGCUGCCUCACGGCCAUCAGCACCAACAGUCCAACAUGUGCGCAUCAUACCUACCGCUGCAGACGCGCGCCUGGUAGUGCGACGCUCUACCCGCGGUCGCCGACGCCGAGUACCUCCACUUGUUCCGUAGUCCGGCGACCGACGGGUCUGGGGACCUCUCUCCCUCGGGCGACCUCCUCUAGGAGAUACCGCACAGUCACAAGAGUCUGACAAGCUAACAUGAAAUGUACAUUUGUUUUAAAGUGAACGCACACUGUGCGGUGUCUAACCUCGGUAUAUACUCGCCCUCUUCUGUACCGCCAUCUCGACGCUAGUCAAGGCUCGUUUGUACUUACCUACAUUGUAUAUAGCCACGGAUUUUUGCAAUAACGAGGACUCGAUCUCGAAUGACCAGUUUUGUAAAUGUGUUAAUGUGUUGUUUAUAGUGCGUAAGUGUGAUACGUUUGUAUAUGUUUCCAUGUUGUACAUACUAAGUUAUAACCACCGUUAUAUACAUAACUUAUACGGUAUAUAAAUAUAGAUGCCCAUUUUUCUGUUGUAAAUA